ACAUGCAGAAUAGCGACGAAAGUAUUCGAACACCUGUGAAUGCUGGCAUCACAAUAGUAACUAUGUACUUAAAUAUCGGAGGAUUUCAGAAACAUACAACACAAUUCACACCUCAGACUUACAAGAGAUGGAUGACAACCUGGAGUUGGCUGACCAACAGAGUGAUUGCCUUUUUCGACAACGAUGAAGACCUGGAGACAUUCAGACAAAUUAGGUCACUACUCUCAGCAGAUAGAACUGUUUUAAUAAAACUCCAGAGAAAAGAAAUACCAGCUUUCAACAAAGUGGAGAAAAUCAGGACUAUAUACAAGAACUCAUCGUACCCAAAACAUUGGCCAAACACAGUUGUCGCUGAGUAUUCGUGCGCCAUGAAUGCCAAAUAUGACGUCCUUCAAAUGGCAGUCCAGAGAGGCCUUGUACACACCGAGCACAUGGCAUGGUUGGAUAUAGGCUUGUUCAGAAACCUUCUAGAGCCCAAACGUCGCCCAAAAGACGACCGCUUCAGCCUGGACGUUCCCGAUAACUUCAACGCCAGCACUGUUGGUAUGUCCAUGGUGACACCCAUGACAGAACUGUUAAAUCUGAGCGCAUGGAAUUACAUCAGGGAUAACCGGGUCUGGGUUAGUGGAGCCUUCGUGUUGGCGACCAAAGAAGUAAUGAUGAAGUUUGCCCGGUCAUAUAUCAUGAUGGCCAACGAGUUAUUAGACAAAAGGAUGUCCAGUACUGACCAGCAAGUGAUUGGGGCCAUGUACUCUCCGGAAUACAUCGACCGCCAGCAAGUGGACAUAGUGGACUACAGGUGCAACAACGGACAGUUCGGUCUCUACAGAUUCGAUAUUAUUUAUUUCUGUUUAGGCUACGUCUGCAAAGAUGCGGCAGAGAAACAGCUGAAUUAUAACAAAAAUUAG